AUUAGCUCUAAUCCAUAAUUGCAAGUUUCUCGCCAGUCUUCCGUUUCACUGGAAUCUACGACGCCUGGCCUGCGUCCUCGAAGAUCGAUCAUACCACUAUCGGAACGAAUUGCCUUCAUCUUUCUCAGGGCUCCUGAAUGACCAACUACAACCAUCUUCCGAUCAUGCCCAAGCAAAUCCGGGCAACUAUGGCUGGCAGCACGGCUUCCUCGGCACCGUAUCCGUCAGCGUCUGAGCAUGUUCACAAGGCCGCAGCAAUCUGGAGCUCGGCUGACGAUGAGAUUCUCUUACGAGCUCGAGCAUCGGGACUCAACUGGCAACCCAUUGCGAACCGCCACUUUCCGAACAAAACUGCGAAUGCCUGUCGAAAACGCCAUGAGCGUCUCAUCGAACGCCGCCAUGUUGACGAUUGGGACACGCACAAACUUGAACUGCUGGCCACGGAGUACAUGGCGUGUAGACGGGAGAUGUGGGAGAUCUUGGCAUCUCGCCUGGGCGAGCGAUGGGGGGUUGUCGAGUCUAAGUGUAUGGAGAAAGGGUUCAAGACGCUCCAGACGGCGGCGCGAAUGGCCCAGAGAAAAGCGUCCGUGGCCUAUCAGCCUGUCGACGAACACGGAGGUAUCUCGGACCACAACAGCGAUUCUGGUAUCGGCUUUGGUUCGGAGGCUGAGAUGGAGGCAGGAGAGGCCAGACCUUCUGGCGAUGCUGCGUCCUGGCAUGCACAGUCGACGACUGAGCGCACGCGAACGCAGUCUCGACAGGAACACGGACGAUCGCGGAGUCUUCCACAACCUCUACCACUCUACCAACCGCCCCCUCCAAUCCGCCGCACGUUCGACAGAGAUCCAUCAAGUGUAUCGCCGCAGGACGAUGAAUUCCAGGCUCCAGGCGUCUCCCAGCGCUGCUCACCCGACUCGCAGAGCACAAGAGGCGGCAUCAGCAUUCAAUCUGUGCUCUCCAAUUGAUUGCAUAUCAAUUUUCUUUUUUUGUACACUGCAGCAUGUUGCGAUGAGAUACCCCCAGCUGCUGGAACGAUUGAUGUAAAAGACAACUUCACGACUGAUGACGAAUUUCCUUGUGGGUGUACGAUAGCAGGAGUACUUCACAUGCUGUGCUUUC